UUAAAACAUGGGUUGUAUAUGUGCAACUAUGCCAAGAAAAAACUAAAUUAUGCCAAUGCACACAAGAAAUAAGGACUUGGUGUUUACUUCAACUGAAGAUAUUUCUAAAAUCUAUGUUCUUGGAAAAGUCUUAGGAGUAGGAUCCUUUGGAAAAGUAAUAGCUGCUAAAAUGAGGAGUAAUCCUAUGAAAUAAUACGCUAUCAAAAUUAUAGAGAAAAAAAAAGUAAAAGGCAGGGAAGACAUUUUGGCCAAUGAAAUAUUUAUUUUGCAGAAGCUGGAUCAUCCCAACAUAAUCAAAUUUCACGAGGUUUAUUAGAAUAGAAUGAACUUCUAUAUUUGUAUGGAUUAUUGUAAAGGGGGAGAACUAGUAGAGUGGAUUCCAAAGCGAUAUAAAAAUUUUCAUGAAAGAAACAUCCAGGAAAUAAUGAAGAAGGUAUGACAAGUCAAUUAUGUAGAUCAUAUCUGCCGUAGCAUACAUUCAUGGUCAAGGAAUCGUGCAUAGAGAUAUUAAGGCUGAAAAUAUUAUGAUAGCAAAUAAGAAGGAUGAUGCUGAACCGAAAUUAAUUGACUUUGGAUUAGCAAAUAAAUUCGAUACAUCAAAGCUACGUCGUUUAAAAUCAUUUGUGGGAACUCCAAUGUACAUGGCUCCAGAGGUAAUUCAAGGGAAGUAUGAUGAAAAAUGUGAUAUUUGGUCUCUUGGUGUCCUAUUAUUUACAUUACUCUCAGGCCACAUGCCUUUUCAUGGAGAAACUAAAGAAGAACUAUACGAUAACAUUUAAAGGGCUAACGUAAUUUAUUAUAUAAAAAUGGAUUUUUAGAUUACCUUCAUAUACAAUGCUUGGAAGAACGUGAGUGAUAAUGCCAAAGAUUUAGUAAGAAGAAUGUUGCAGAAGAAUCCAAACCUAAGACCCUCAGCAAUAAAUUUAUUAAAACAUGAGUGGUUUACAAAAUUGGAAGUUUUUGAGGAGAAACAAACCUUGGACCAUCAAAUUUCCCAAAAAGGUUAGGCUUCCCCUUCAAAUUCUAAUUCAGAUAACAGAUCCAUAUAUUAAAUGUUGAAACAAACAGCUUAAAAAGGAGGAAGUAAAUUUCGAAAAGAAGUAAUGACAAUUUUAGUGAAAUAAUUAAAUGAAUAAGAAUUGAGUAAUCUAAUAGAAAAAUUCAAAUAAAUAGAUGUUGAUAAUUCAGGAACAAUUACUAUAUUCGAAUUAAGAUAGGCACUCAUUGCAGAGGUUUCUAUUAAUAUGUUAAUGUGUAGGGUUCACCAGCCUCGAUUGAUGAAAUUGAAAGAUUGGUCGAGAAUAUUUCACCAAAGAAUGCUUUAGAUGUGAAGAAACGAUCUAGACCUUCUGUUGAAUUGAAAUACAGUGAGUUUUUGGCAUCUUGCAUUGAUGAGAGGAAGUUUUUGACUAGGGAAAAGGUAUUAAUUUUAUUAAUAAUAUUAGUUAUGGUCCUUAUUUAAAUUUUUUGAUACAGAUAAUUCGAAUUACAUCACGAAAGAUGAUAUCAAGGAGGCUUUUGCAAGAAAUGCAAAGUCAUUCACGGAUGAGUAAAUUGAAGAGAUGAUUUAUGAAAUUGAUCCUAAUCAUGACAACAAAAUCAGUUUUGAUGAGUUCUGCUAAAUGUUUGAUAAUGCUGGAAUCUAUUAGAAAUUAGAUGAUGAUGAUGAAGUAAUUGAAACAUGA